UAAAAGGAUGAAGGAAGCAAAGUAGUAGGGAAAAAAAAUGUUGUUGAAAAAAACAAAGCAAAGCGAAAAAUAAUAUUAAAAAAUAAUCCGAAAUUUCGUUUUUCCGGAAAUCGAAUUCGGGAAACCGAGUAACUCUGGUAGCCACAGAUCAGUUCCUCGAUUUUGACCAGAUCUGAUUGUUAUCGUGCCUUGGCGUUGAAGAAUCCGCCGUUCUUCCGAUCCAUUUUGGAAAGAAUUUUGUUCUGAUCGCGAGAAGAGAGAAUUUUACCUACACCCGAUUUGAGGCGGGUCUUGUUUUUGUUUUUUUGGAAGGGGAAAGACGAUUUAGGUCGUCGGAGAUUUGGAUUUUGGCUCGGAGAAGGUUGAUUUUCGGUUUCAUUUCUGAAUUUCAUCUGACAUGUCAGACGCUCUUUCUGCGAUUCCGGCCGCUGUUCAUCGCAAUCUCUCCGAUAAACUAUACGAGAAGCGGAAAAAUGCUGCGCUUGAGCUGGAGAAUGCUGUGAAGAAUCUAACUUCUGCGGGUGACCAUGACAAGAUCUCGAAAGUUAUUGAGAUGUUGAUUAAGGAGUUUGCCAAAUCCCCUCAAGCAAAUCAUCGGAAGGGUGGACUUAUUGGACUAGCUGCUGUUACAGUUGGUUUGUCUUCAGAAGCUGCUCAAUAUCUUGAGCAAAUAGUGCCACCUGUGAUUAACUCCUUUUCUGAUCAAGAUAGCCGAGUUCGGUACUAUGCAUGUGAAGCUCUCUAUAACAUUGCAAAGGUUGUGAGAGGCGAGUUCAUUUUUUUCUUCAAUCAGAUUUUUGAUGCUCUAUGCAAACUCUCAGCAGAUUCUGAUGCUAAUGUCCAAAGUGCUGCUCAUCUCUUAGAUCGCCUUGUUAAGGAUAUUGUGACGGAGAGUGAUCAGUUCAGUAUUGAGGAAUUCAUACCCCUGUUAAAAGAACGCAUGAACGUUUUGAACCCGUAUGUGCGACAAUUUCUGGUAGGAUGGAUCACUGUUCUUGACAGUGUUCCAGACAUUGAUAUGCUUGGGUUUCUGCCGGAUUUUCUUGAUGGGUUAUUCAAUAUGUUGAGCGACUCUAGUCAUGAAAUACGACAGCAGGCUGAUUCAGCUCUUUCAGAGUUUCUUCAAGAGAUACAAAAUUCACCAUCUGUAGAUUAUGGUCGCAUGGCUGAAAUACUGGUGCAGAGGGCUUCUUCUCCUGAUGAAUUCACUCGGUUAACAGCCAUCACGUGGAUAAACGAGUUUGUAAAACUCGGGGGUGACCAGCUCGUGCGGUACUAUGCUGAUAUUCUUGGAGCUAUCUUGCCUUGCAUAUCUGACAAAGAAGAAAAAAUCAGGGUGGUAAGUUUGGUUCCUCCUCCUAAGUUGCUCGUGAAACCAAUGAAUUACUUCGUUCAAUCCAUGUUGAACCCUCAGACGGUUUUGAUGUUGGUUCAAUUCUCUCUGUAGCAAGGAGGUUAGUUUUUUCUUAUCUCUUUGUUUUUUUUUUGUUGAAUGCAAUCAAUGAUGGCCUGAUUUUGUGAUCCAUGAGUUUUUGCAUCGACCAGGCAGCUAUCAAGUGAUUAUGAAGCUACUCGAAUUGAAGCAUUGAAUUGGAUAUCAACACUUUUAAACAAGCAUCGUACUGAGGUCCUGUGCUUCCUGAAUGACAUAUUUGACACGUUGCUAAAAGCACUAUCUGAUUCUUCUGAUGACGUGGUGCUCUUGGUUCUGGAGGUUCAUGCUGGUGUAGCAAAAGAUCCACAGCACUUUCGCCAGCUCAUUGUCUUUCUAGUACACAAUUUUCGAGCUGAUAAUUCUCUAUUGGAAAGGCGUGGUGCCCUUAUUGUCCGGAGAUUGUGUGUACUUUUGGAUGCCGAAAGAGUCUAUCGAGAGCUCUCAACUAUACUCGAGGGAGAAGAUAAUCUUGACUUUGCUUCAACUAUGGUUCAGGCAUUGAAUUUGAUUUUGCUUACAUCCCCGGAGUUAUCAAAACUUAGAGUUCUUUUAAAAGGCUCACUCGUUAAUCGCGAAGGGAAAGAUCUCUUGGUUGCCUUAUAUGCUUCAUGGUGCCAUUCACCAAUGGCAAUUAUAAGCCUCUGCUUAUUAGCUCAGGCUUACCAGCACGCGAGUGUGGUGAUUCAAUCAUUGGUAGAAGAAGACAUAAACGUGAAAUUUCUUGUACAGCUUGAUAAGUUGAUCCGUCUUCUCGAAACUCCAAUCUUCACUUCCCUUCGAUUGCAGCUUCUGGAACCAGGAAGAUACACAUGGUUGCUGAAAACACUUUAUGGUCUUCUUAUGUUACUUCCUCAGCAAAGUGCUGCGUUUAAGAUACUUCGGACAAGACUCAAAACUGUUCCAACGUACUCAUUCAGUGGCGGAGAGCAAAUAGGCAGAGCGUCUUCAGGAGUUCCUUUCUCUCAGUAUACGCAUCAUCACGAGGACGGUGAAACAGAAGACAAUAACAUCAACACUUCUCACCGAGGAAUCAAUUUUGCUGCACGGCUGCAACAGUUUGAGAAUGUACAGAAUCAGCAUCGUGCUCAGGCAAGGACUAAAGUGAAAUACUCAUAUAAUAGUUCCUCUUCUUCUACAUCAAAGGUACACACAACGUAA